AUGGCGACCACGAAAGUAGCAUUGAUUACGGCCAGCUCAGCAGGUCUGGGCGCACAGAUAGCACGUGCGUUUGCGCCAGACUUCCGUGUAGUAAUCAACUACUCAUCAAACGCGGAACGCGCACAAUCCCUCAUGAAGGAAUUAUCAUCCAUACCCGGCCCAUCCUCACAGGCAAACCCUCGUUUCCACCUCAUCCAAGCAGACAUGUCCUCCAAACCAUCAGUUCAAAACCUCGUGAAAGAAACAAUCGAAAAAAUGGGCCGAUUAGAUGUCGUCGUUUCUAACGCAGGCUGGACGCGCAUGACGACCUUUACCGACAUUGAGCAGCAAGUCAACGAUGAUGACUGGGACAAAUGCUUCACCAUGAACGUAAAAACACACAUGUGGCUCGCAUAUGCUGCGAAGGAUGCCUUGGCUGAGAAUGAAGGGUGUUUUAUUUCGACGGCGAGUGUGGCGGGUGUGAAGCCCAGUGGGAGCAGUGUUCCUUAUGCUGUUACCAAAGCAGCCCAGAUCCAUCUCGCGAAAAGUCUGGCUGUUAUCUUGGCGCCGAAGAUUCGUGUGAAUAGUAUCAGCCCGGGUAUGCUACUCACAGAAUGGGGACUGAAGUUUCCGGAAUCGAAGCGUAAUGCUGCGAUCAACAACACCAAGUUGAAGAGAUUGGCUACGGUGGAAGAUUGCGCGGAUCAGGUCAGGACGUUGGCGCUGAGCAGGAGUAUCACCGGGCAGAACAUCUCGAUAGAUGGUGGCUCCUCGAUGUAG